AUGGACUUAUCAUCUAGGAUUUCAGAAUCUCGCUCUUUGAGAAGGAGUCGCGAUCCUCGAGAUGAAAGUGUUGGGCGCAUGGAUAGAUAUUCCUCUCGUGACACAGAACGAAGUCAUUAUCGAGAUGAUUAUCGACGCCGUCACAGAGAUGACCAUGAUUAUCGACGACCUAGAGAGUAUAGAGAGAGAAGCCCCAGAGACGACGAACGACCAAAGAGAAGACGUUAUGAUGACCACGAUUACUAUUCUUCAAGACAAUCGUCUAGACGCAAAAGCGUGAGCCCGCCAGCAAGUAGAUCCCGUAAUCUGCAGUCUAUAGAACGCGAGUUAGAGCAGCUUAGGGAUGUGAAGCCAAUUAACGAAUGGGUUCGUCAAAAUUCUCAAUGGGAUAUCAAGCCCCCAGGCUAUGAGUUAGUAACUGCUGACCAAGCUAAAAUGUCUGGUUUAUUUCCUCUUCCUGGUGCACCUCGUACUGCUAAUAGUGAUCCUGAAAAGCUUCUUGAGUUUGCUCGAUCGGCGGCAGGAAGUAUCAUGGCACCACCUCCUCCCUUGCAACCUGGUGCUAGUCGUCAAGCUCGAAGAUUAGUUGUUUCCAAUCUUCCAUCAGAUUUUGACAUAAAUACGUUCAAGCCAUUUAUUGAAGAUUUGUUUAUAUCCACAACAUACCAUAAGCCAGAAACACGUCAUUUUUCGAAUGCUUAUUUUUGCAAAGAGGAUAAUUAUGCAAUUUUAGAAUUGUCAAAACCAGAAGACGCUACAUUUUUAUGGGGCUUACAUACCGCCCAAUAUGCUCCUGAUAUAUCAAUAACUUUUAACAGGAUUAAAAACUAUAUUGUUCCACAAAUUACACAUGAGACUGCAAAUCAAAGAAGCUUGGACUUUACGCAAAAUGAAGUAUUGGAUUCCAAGGAUAAAGUCUAUUUUACCAACUUCCCUUCUAACUUAAACGAACAAAGUGUAAUCGAGCUAUUUAAACCGUUUGGAGAGUUAUUGAGCUUCCAAUUGAUAAAAAAUGUUGCAGACGAAUCCUCUAAGGGUUUUGGAUUUUGUGAAUACAGCGACCCUGAGAAUACAGGAAAGGCAAUCCAAAAUUUGGACGGGAUGGAAUUUAACGACAAAAAAAUUAGCGUUGGCUUUUCCUGCGUGGGUUUAAACCAAAAGAUACCCGAAUCUAAUGUAGGAAUGGUUGCUUUAACAGAAUUAGCUAAAAGUGAACCCAGAAUCCAGGCCACACCUGUGUUACAAAUUCAUAAUGUGGUAACGGAGAACGAAGCUACUGAUCCUCGAGAAUGCGAAGAAAUUCAAGAAGCUGUUGGUACUCAAUUAUCCCAAUUUGGAAAAAUCUUAGACAUUAAGAUUCCCCAGCAAAAAGGUUUUUCUGACACUCCUUCCCUCGGCAUUGGAAAAGUGUACGUCAGAUUUGCUGAUAUUGAAUCGGCGGAAGCUGCCAUGCAAGAAAUGCGAGGUUUUAAAUUUGAUGAUAGAACCAUUGUCCUUGCCUUUUAUGGGGAGGAUUGCUAUAAAGCAAACGCUUGGUAA